CCCAGCGCGGCGGCGGGCGCUGUGCGCACGCGCGCUCGGAACCCCGCACCACCUCCGCCCUCCCCCGGCGCGGCGGCGGCGGCGAGCGCUGUGCGCAGGUGCGCGCGGGAGCCCCCUGCCCGCCCCCCGGAGCGGAGCGGCGCGGCGGGGAGCGCGCGCGCCAUGGCGGGCCCCAGCCUGCGGCCGCACGUGCACUGGGCGCAGCGGCACCGCGAGCUCUACCUGCGCGUGGAGCUCAGCGACGUGCAGAACCCGGACAUCACCAUCACCGACAACGUGCUUUAUUUCAAAGCUCAGGGACAUGGUGCCAAGGGGGACAACAUCUACGAGUUUCAGAUCGAGUUCCUAGAGCCAGUCGAGCCUAAACCCCUAUACAAGGUGACUCAAAGGCAGGUGAACAUCACGGUGCAGAAAAAAGAGAGCAACUGGUGGGAGAGACUCACCAAGCAAGAGAAGCGCCCGCUCUUCCUAGCUCCUGACUUCGAUCGCUGGUUAGACGAGUCGGAUGCUGAAAUGGAACUCAGGGAGAAGGAAGAAGAAAAGAUUAACAAAAUGAAAAUAGAAUCCAGAGUCCCAAAAGACCCGUUCAAACAUCUGAAGAAAGGAUACUUAAUCAUGUAUAAUCUUGUACAGUUUCUGGGAUUCUCUUGGAUUUUUGUGAACAUGACAGUACGACUGUUCAUCUUAGGAAAAGACUCCUUCUAUGAUACGUUUCACACUAUCGCUGACAUGAUGUAUUUCUGUCAGACCCUGGCAUUAAUGGAGAUCUUGAAUUCACUAAUAGGACUAGUCAGAUCACCGCUGAUACCUGCUGUAAUCCAGGUAUUUGGAAGGAACUUUAUUUUGUUUGUUGUCCUUGGAAGUUUAGAGGAAAUGCAGAGCAAAGCUGUGGUGUUCUUCGUAUUUUAUUUCUGGAGUAUCAUUGAGCUGUUCAGGUAUCCCUAUUAUAUGCUCUCGUGCAUCGGUAUUGAAUGGAAACCACUAACCUGGCUCCGUUACACCAGCUGGAUCCCUCUCUACCCUUUAGGAUGCUUGGCAGAAGCUGUCUGUAUCGUUCAAUCCAUUCCAAUCUUCAGUGAAACAGGGAAAUUUAGUCUGGCAUUGCCAAAUCCACUCAACGUCACAAUCCAGUUUUCAUUCUUGCUUCAAGUAUACCUUAUAGCCUUAUUUUUAGGGCUAUUUGUAAACUUCCGUCAUCUCUACAAGCAAAGGAGAAAGCACCUUGGACCAAAGAAGAGAAAGAUGAAGUAAAGGAGGACUGCAAUGCUUUCUUAUCUAACUUAUCUCAGUGAUAGAUAAGCCUCUAAUUCUUACGGUUUUACCCACUGCAAUGUAAACUAUUUUGUAAAGUUAAAUCAUAUUAGAUUUCAUAGUGAAUUCAGGUAACAUUCCUAUAUACUGUAUUUUGUUCUGUUUCAAUCAUAUGUAUGCAUGGCAUUUAUCAUUGAACAGAAACAUUUAAAUUUGUGUCCCAUCAACUACCAUACUGGAAAGAAAUCCUAUUAUCUGCAUAUAAUAUGCUUAUAAACAGUGGAGCAGCACUAAAUAGAAAUAGUGCUUAUCUUUUAAUUGGAUAUUUGCUCUUUCAAUAUUGCAUGCAGAUAGGGCUUCUGAUGUUGGGAUAUAGUAUUAGCUGACCCAUGCUGUUCCUAGGGUGCCAGUUUGAUGGCAGGAGGAACAGAGUCUGAGACCACUAUGAACAGUGUUUGGGUGUUUAUUAAUGGUUGGGGUAAAUCUGCUCUGCCCCCUCCCUUUUUUAUUGAAGCAUGCUGCUGCUAUUUUUUAAACUGGAAAUACUGAUGUCAGAUUAGAUACUACUAACUUGCUCUGUUCCUAGUUUAGUCUUAACAGAAUAGGAGCACUAGGUGGACCCCAGCAACACCUGUUUAGCAGGAUAAAUCCUACCCAGGCAUUAGGGAAAGGAAGCUGCCAGCCUGUCACGUGGCCAGAAAGGCUUUCCUCAUUGAUAACGCAAGCAUAGAAAUACAGCAAAACAAGAAAACACGGGUAUGAGCUUACUCUUAGCAUGUAAACCCCAGCAGAACUCCAUCCACUGAUGCAGAGGGAAAAACAUCUCAUGAGAGUGGGAAAGACACAAACCUGGAACUCUCCCAGGUAGGUGGUCCCCUCUGCUCCUUCCUAGCCUUCUGAAAGGCUGUGAGGCUUGUUUUUCUACUUAAAUUUAGGAGUGUACCUGAGAAAUUGGCAUGUAUGCUUUGUUAGACAGCCCCUGAUGAAUGGAGUGGUAGGUCUAAUAAACCAUGGAUUAUUUUGAUACCAUGUACCAAAUCUUAGCAAGGGAGAUCCUACACGGGGCUUGAAGGGAACCUUUCCCCUCCAUUUGCUUUAAACAACAACAACAACAACAACAAAAAGAGAAAUUCCCCCUGCUCCUGGCCCAUGUUCUAGGUCAUCCCUCCUCUCAUGUGGAAACAUUUGUUUCAGUUGACUUCUCUUCAGGAUGUUCUUCCUCACACCUAGCUUCCCCUAGUUGAUUCUGGAUCCCUCUGGCCUCUUUAGUCCAGUUUAGAAAAAGUACAAUAAACCUGUUCUAAAACUAUGUUGAGGUAGAACAGGCUGCAUCAUGACUGCCCCCAGGGCAAUGCAGGGCAAUGCCAGCAAUCACAGGCACGUAAGUUGAGAUUAGCUUAGUGCCAUCUUACUCUGUUACUUUUUUCUACUGUAAAACAAUGUGAAUCCUACAGAAAAUUAAAUAUUUUUGAUGCUUAAAAGUAACAAACAGCCUCCUAUUCAUGACCUGGCCCCAGCGAUUGUUACUGUGAAGAAAGAAAUUAUGCUAUAAGGAGAUUUUAACAAAGAACGGGUACAAGCUCCACACUGCAUUUCACAAAUGUUUUUUGUCAACAAGUAGCAUGAUGCAGUUGCUUUUUAGAGAUCUCACUCAAGGGCUUACUCUCAAAGGAGAGUGCAGAUAGGUUCACUCAGAAGAGUUGAGCGUUACUUGCACACUUACUAUUUCACCACAGUGCACACUGUACUUAUGUAUGUUUGAAGUAUGUCAAGGGACUGAAUAGCUGAGCAUUGGAACAGCAAGGAUCACUUCCAUACUUUAAUUUCUCCACUGAGCAUUUAAACUUCUGUUAUAAAUCCGUAUGUAACUCAUACAUGAUACUUCUCAGUGAAACUGUGGUACCUGGUGUGAGCUGUCAUGGAUCUUACACUACUGAGUUCAUUAGUCCUUCAGAAAGAAUGUGUUUCUAUUAAUAAAGAUUUACAACCAAA